CGAAGAUUUAUCCUAUGACGCAUUGCGAAGUAACCUGCACCCAAACAACGUUAAACAAUUAGCUAACGCUGUGCUGUGAGGAGAUGGGUGUACAAAUUCGAGUGGAAUAUUGUGGCGGAUGAGGCUACGAGCCCCGCUAUCAGGAGCUUAAGCGAGUCGUCAUCGCUGAGUUCCCUGAGGCGGAGGUGUCUGGCUUUGUUGGUAGACAAGGUAGCUUUGAGAUUGAGAUAAGUGGACAGCUGAUCUUCUCAAAGCUAGAAACCAGUGGUUUCCCUUAUGAAGACGAUGUCAUGGGUGCUAUUCAGAAAGCUCAUGAUGGCAAACCAUUGGAGAAGAUCACCAAGAGUCAGCCUCCGUGUGUCAUCCUCUAAACCCUUAACACUGGACCCUUAUUACCAAAGCAGCAACCGCUCACCUUUUAUGUUGCUGCGUUAGUCUCCUCAGUCCUGUGCUUCUAGUGUGGUGCUUUUUGGACUUUAAUGAUUAUUGUAGCUAAAAUCUUAAAGGUUACAGUAUGAAGCUUCCAGUCCAGGCUCGCCAAAACCAGGAGCACAGACAGCAGGAGACACCCAAGUGGAAAAGAAAGGGGUUUAUAUUUUCUAAAAGUAACUAAUCAGGUCACAUUGGUUUUCUGUGUUAACUCAAUUAAUGUGUAUUUUAGAGAGCUAGACAACGCCAUGGCCAAACCGUCGUUUUUAUUAUCCGGUCCGAUUGCCUUAACAGGGUGCUUGACUAAAAUGAAUGAUGUGUCUAAUAAAAACGAAUUUGAGUA